AUGGCGGCAGCCGGGGCAGGGGGGACCUCGCUUCAGGGAUCCCACCCCACUCAACGCUUCCCUUUGCCCUGCAGCCUGGAGCAGCUGAUCUUGCCCGUGGCCUUCCCAGCCAACAGCAGCCUGGACCCAUGUGCAAAAGAGACCGUGCUGAAUGCCAUCAAGGAGAGCAGGAAGAGGGCUGUGGAGGAGGAGGAGGAGGAGGAUGACCAGGCUUUUGGGAAUGACCAGGAGAGCAAGAGAAGGCGCCACGAUAGCAGUGGAAGUGGGCAGUCGGCGUUUGAGCCGCUGGUAGCCAACGGUGCCCCCGCCUCUCUCAUACCCAAGCCUGGCUCUCUGAAGAGGAGCCUUGUCUCACACUGCCCAGAUGACUGCUCAAACAAGAGGUCACGCACCUCUUCCAUGAGCUCCCUAAACAAUACGUAUGCUGGCGGGAUCCCUGGCUCCAUCCGCAACGCCAUCGCCAGCUCCUACAGCUCCAGCCGGGGCCUCUCCCAGCUGUGGAAGAGAAGUGGUGUGAGCGUGUCCCCACUGUCCAGCCCCGCGUCCUCCCGCUCCCAGACACCAGAGUGGCCUCUCAAGAAAACCAGGGAAGAGGAGUUGCAUCGCUCCAACACUUCCACUCCGGUGAAAUCGGACAAGGAGCUGCAGACAGAGAAAGUGGUGGAUACACCGGUGCGGAAGAAGCAGAAUUCCCUGAGCCCACCGUCCGUGUCGGGGAGCAGUGGGAAGCGCAAGCGGAAGAUCCAGUUGCUGUCGUCUCGCCGGGGGGACCAGCUGGCGCUGCCCCCACCACCUCAGCUGGGCUACUCCAUCACGUCGGAGGAUCUGGACGCGGAGAAGAAGGCGGCAUUGCAGUGGUUCAACAAAGUCUUGGAGGAUAAGGCUGAUGCAGUCCCCAGCACCACUGCAGAGACUACGCCCGUGUCCAGGCCGCUGGCAUUCACCGUGACCUCCCCAGGGCCUGUGCCUGCCUCAACAGCUCCUGCCCCAGCCAGCACCAACUCGCUCCUGGACAGCCUGAAGAAGAUGCAGAGCAGCCAGGCAGUGCCCGUGCCAGCCGAUUCCACUGGAGCUGUAGUAGCAUCCCAGCCGCCUUCAUCAGCUGCACAGCCACCCGCUCCUGCUGUAUCGCAGGAGUCGAGUUCUCUGCCUGCCACCUCUGUUGGCCCCCCCCUGCCCACUGCUGUGCCCACCACAACCCCCGUCUUCAAACCCAUCUUUGGUGCUUUGCCGAAAAGCGAGAGCACAGCACCCUGUACAGCUGCUGUCUCUGCCACAGUCACCGUGUCUGCGAGCUUGGGCCCUUCCUUGACAUCCUCCACCACCACCAUGUUCAAGCCUAUCUUUGGCAGCGUCACUGCAGCCUCAUCUCCAGCGAAGGCCUCUCCUUUUGCCUUCAAGCCAACAUCGCAGCCAGCCUCAGCCGCAGAUCUGCCAGCAGCCUCCAUGACUACCCUGGCAGGAUUCACAGGUCUCCCUAACGUCAUUUUCACCACCGCAGCUACGACUGCCACCACGCAGAGUUCCUCCACGGAUGCCACCAUUAAACCUGUCUUCAGUUUUGGACUCAACCCACCCACCUCCACUGGCCCCACCGCCAGCCUGACCGUCACUGCUGCCACGUCCACCAGCACGUCGCAGCCCUUCCUGUUCGGGGGCCCAGCCAGCUCAGCUCCCAGCACAGAAACCAGCUUUGCCACCCCAGGGCCUGUGUUCCAGUUUGGAAAGCCACCUCCAGCCACAGUCACUGCCACCACCACUGUCCCAGGAGGCCCUGCCUUUGGCCAAGCACCUUCAAACGCGACGGCUCCUACCACCACUGUGGGCUUUAGCAUAUUUGGGGGCACCACGCUGACCUCUUCUACCCCAACCACCACAGGUCAAGUGACGUUGACGUUUGGCUCCUCUGUUUCAGCUUUUGGCAGUUCCUUCAGCACAAGCACAAAGCCGCCGCCACCAUAUCCCAGUGCAGCAAGUCAGCCUGCCUUCAGCGCCAGUGCUGCGGAGAGCCAGCCGCCCUCCAGCAAGCCUGCAGCUGGCCCUGUCAGCUUUGUCCCCCCGUUCAGUUUUGGAGCCCCCACAGCCCAAUCCACUGCUCAGCCGGCAUUUGGCAGUGGUGCUCAGCCAGCCUUCGGCACAACCAGCGCCCAGAGCUCCUUCGGCACCAGCAGCACCCAGGCGGCAUUCGGGACCACCACGUCGGUCUUCUCUUUCGGGACAGCCACCUCCACCACUUCCAGCUUCGGUUCCACCACCCAGACCACGACCAGCAGCGCCGGCACUGCCGUCUUUGGCACCACCCCUUCUCCUUUCACCUUUGGGGCGACUGCCCAGCCGGGCCCCUCCGCCAGCACCUUUGGGAUCGGCACGCCCACCCUGAGCAGCGGCUCUCCCGCCGUGGCCUUCAGCUUCGGGGCUGGGCAGAGCGGGACAGCCCCAGCAGCAACACCAUUCGGCUCUUCCCUGACGCAGAGCGCACUAGGUGCACAGAAUCAGAGCACGCCCUUCGCCUUCACCGUGCCCAGCACACCCAACAACAAGCCCGUGUUCGGAGGAACUCCUGCGCCCACCUUUGGGCAAAGUACGCCUGUCCCAGGAGCAGUGGGGAGUGGAAGCAGUAGCCUUUCCUUCGGGACGCCCAGCACUCCUGCCUCGGGCUUCGGAGGAGUCGGCGCUUCCUUCGGUUCGUCCACCCCUGCUUUUUCCAUCGGAGCAGGAUCCAAGACGGGCUCUCCCCAGCGGCUGCAGGCACGGAGGCAGCACACCCGCAAAAAGUGACCUCCAGUGCUGCUGGGCCCCACCGCAUGCAUGGGAGGCUCCGGUCCAGCGUGGUCCCCGUGGCAGGACCAGUGGUGAUGGGGCCAGGCCUGUCUGAUGCCAGCCGGAGAGCGUGCUGGGUGGCAACAACCAGGGUGGGGCGGGAUAAACCAAACGCUUCUUACUUGAACAGUUCCGCAGCUGAGGCUGGAUGAACCUCUGUACAUAUCUGCAGCGUUUCCUCCCUCACUUUAUUUUGCCAUGUUUCAUAACGUGUAAAUUUUUCCCCGUUUGCUUCUUCUAGCUGUUCCCAUGCCCUCCUCCGCAGCCCCCACCAGUCAGCCCCCUGCCCCGCGGCAGGGCAGCCGGCAGAGCUGCAUGUCCCCGCUCGGAGCCCGGCUGGAGACAUGCUGUGUUCUGCCGGCUGUGGUUCCAGGCUGCUGGGGGAUGUCGUCUUCACCAGGUCCCGAAACCUUUCCCCAUUGUUUCAUCCCGUGGCCUGGUGAAUGCGCUCCCUCCGGAGGGCUCUGCUUCCUUGCCAUCCCUGCAGAACAUGAGCCGGGCUUAGUGCCAGCCUAGCCUGGGAGCCAGGCUUAGUGCCAGCCUGGCCUGGGGGCCUCAGUGCCGUGGGUGACCAGCCCAGCUUCUGCAGCUGAGUGAGGACCCCCUUGCUGUGACUUAAUCUCCCACCAGGCCUCCAGCUGAGGCUGCGCUGCAGCCUGGGCCCCCAGCUGGAGAUGUGGGGUGGGGAUGGGGGUCCCUCCACCCCUCUCCCGGUCACUGAGCAGCCCCCUGGCCCUCGCUGCUCCCCUGGCCUGCCGGCUCCCUCCUCCUCCCCCACCCCCCGCCACUUGUCUGAAGCCCCUUCUGUUUUGCUUUGUUCGUGUUCCCCUUUCGAUGCGCUCAUUGAAUCGAGUUUGGAGGAAGAACUGAACCGUGUGCGUGGCGGCAUGUUGGUAUUGCCGGAUUUGCUGUUUGGAGUUUCUUUUUCUGGGGGGGCGCUGGUCCCUUUGUGGGGGACACGCCCUGGCUAAUUGGGUGUUGACAGUAGCAUCACUGCGUGGCUACUCGUGCUGGGGGAGUUGUCCCUUUGUCAUUGUGACCGAAAGGCAGGCAGCUGGGGUGGGGGGGACGGGGCCUGGACCCCGAGGUGGGGGCUCCAGCCCUGGCAGUCUCUUCCCCUCCCUUCCCCUCUCUCCUGGUGCCCCUUCCCCACCUUGGGGUGCUCUGGAGCCGCUAGUGGAAGGAGUCCAGAGUGGAUGGGUUCCCCUCCCCAAAUCCAGAUUUAUUUUUUGUUUUUAGCUCAUCCCCAUCUUUUUGGAUUUUACCAGCUCCUAGGAGCUACGGUGCUGCCUCCCCUGUUCCCAUCCAGCCAGGAGCAGGGCCCUUCCCCUGCCUGGGAGCUCCUGCAGGAAGAGGCUGCUGGAGCCGGGGGUCUCCCAGAGCUGCCCCCACCCGCCCCGG